UACAAUUAUUUACUAUAAAUAUAACAGCAGCAGUAAAAACAAAUUAAAUAGUUUUUUAAAAAUGAAGCUUGUAACACUAUUUUUUACAGUGUGUUUGUUAGUCACGUUCGCAUUUGGACAAAAAGGUAAAUGUGGUCCGAACGAACAAGAGGGAUGCGUUCCUUGUCCUUGUCCUGAGCGGACAUGCCAAGUUACAAACCCUAAGUGUCCCGGUUUGGGUUGUGCUCAAGUUUGUCGUCCGUUUUGUGCAUGUAAGCCUGGCUACUUGAGAGACGCUACAACCAAGAAGUGUGCACUGAUAAGCAGUUGUCCCAAAAGAGGAUAUUAAAGACAAAACCACUAAAAUAAAAUAUUUAUCAUUCAUUGGAGAUUAAAAUAUGACUAUUUAAAAA